AUGCCUAAAAUAAAUGAGAGUAUAACAUUAAAGACUGCCACAGCUUAUCAACUACUUACACAACGUGAAAACAUGUGUGAGUUGUUUAAUUUGGUAGAUCGUAGCGAAUUAGACACUUAUUUAAUGAAUAAAGAUAAAAAAUUGGAGACAUUAAAUGAAAUGAAAGAUAGACUGGAAAAAUCCAAGAACGAACAAUGA